CUCUCUUCUUAGAUCAUUGCUCCUCUCUUUCUUCCCUACCAGCCCUUUUCAAGCGCAUCUGUUCCGCUCUGCCUUUCUCUUUAAUCAGAAAGAAAAUCUAUGUCUAAUUUUAACACCAAUAGCACGAAAGUGGAUUUCCAGCAACUGAGCGAACGCCGCCGUGAGGCCCUGGCCAAGAUCGACAAUGCAGAGUUUGGUUGGUUUCACAUCCGAGCUUGUCUCGUCGCUGGUGUAGGAUUCUUCACUGAUGCCUAUGAUCUCUUUGCUAUCAAUCUGGUGACACCCAUGCUGGGGAUCAUUUACUUUUCAGACGGUACUCUCCCUCCUGAUUUGGAUUUGGGCAUCAAGGUUGCUGCUUCUAUUGGAACAUUUAUUGGUCAAAUCGGAUUUGGUUACCUCGCUGAUCGCCUGGGUCGCAAGAGAAUGUAUGGCGUUGAAUUGAUGAUUAUCAUUGUGGCUACCUUGGGUCAAGCCUUGUCUGGAAACGGCUAUGUCCUCUCACUUCCUGCUGCCCUGAUCAUAUGGCGUGUACUUGUCGGCAUCGGUAUUGGAGGAGACUACCCUCUAUCUGCUGUCAUCACCUCGGAAUUUGCCACCACAAACCGUCGUGGUGCCAUGAUGUCUGCAGUCUUUGCGAUGCAAGGAUUUGGUUAUUUGACAACAGGUGUUGUUGCCAUCAUCCUCCUGGCCGCUUUCAAGGAUAGCAUCAUAGCCAACCCCCAGAACCUCGAUUACGUUUGGCGUAUCCUCAUUGGCUUUGGAUGUAUCCCCGCGCUUGUUGCCGUCUACUUCCGUUUGACCAUCCCAGAGACUCCCCGCUACGUGCUGGAUAUCGAAAACAACGUGAACAAGGCUGAGCGCGAUGUUGCUAACGUCCUCAAGGAGAGCCACAACCAUCUUCAAUCAGAGGAAGAUGAAAAAGCCGCCCACAAUCCUUCCACUGUUAAAGGAUCUUUUUCCGAUUUUUGCAUUUACUUUUCCAGAUGGGAGAACUUUAAGAUUCUCUUUGGAACCUCCAUGGCCUGGUUUGCGCUCGAUGUUGCGUUUUAUGGUAUCGGUCUGAACAACUCUUUUAUUCUAUCUUCGAUCAAGUUUUCGUCUAUCAAGGGUGAUAACUUCAGCUCCUGUUGGAAUGCUGCUAUUGGUCAAAUCAUUAUUGUCCUACUUGGCUCGGUCCCCGGCUAUUGGGUGACUGUGUUCACGAUCGAGCGCCUUGGACGCAUUAAGAUCCAGCUAAUUGGAUUUACGAUGUCCUGCAUCCUCUUCUGUGUCCUUGGUUUUGCCUAUAAUCAAAUCAGAAAUUACUCGACCGCACUCUUUGUCUUCCUCUUUGCUGCUACGCAGUUCUUCCAAAACUUUGGUCCUAACGCCACGACGUUUGUCAUCCCCGGGGAAGUCUUUCCUACACGCUAUCGUUCAACUUGUCACGGCAUUGCUGCUGGAUCAGGCAAACUUGGAGCCAUCAUUGCCCAGGUUGGCUUUUCUCAGCUCAAGGAUCGUGGUGGUCCCAAUAACUUCAUCCCUCAGUUAUUGCAGAUCUUUGCUUUGUUCAUGUUUGUGGGUUUGGUGGUGACUUUCUUCAUCCCUGAGACGAAGGGCAAGACCCUUGAAGAGUUGUCCAAUGAAAAUGAAAAUGGCAAAAGUAAUCCAUCACAACAUCGCAAUAACGCACUAAGCGAGGAGGAAGAGAAAUAAGUUUGUGUGAUUUUAAAAUACAUUAAUGUAAACAUCUGUAUUAACC